ACUGGCUGACGUCCGAGAGUCACUGUCUCAAAGUCCGCUCGCUUCCACUCUCGCUCUCCUGAGCCCCAAGUCCUAACACCACCAACGACCGUCCUCGAAAGACGCACCACGAAGCCCGUCCUCGACAUGCGCGAGCCUUGACGCCAAACUUGAGAGCCGCCGACGGACCACACCAUGGUGACGCUGGCCACACCACAGCCGAUGGCGGAACGCCCCGAACUGAGCGACGCGGCGUACUACAACCAAGUCCUGCGCCUGCCGAUCGAAAAGUCCGAAGACCACAUUGACGACGAGCUCGUGGCCCGCGCGCAGGCCCUGGGCAUCACAACUACCCUGGCCAGCCCGACCGACAAGCGCUACACAUCGAGCGCCGAGUCCGCCUCGUCCACCGCUCCGACAUACCAUGCACGCACAUUCUCGACGGGGUCGAGCGACUCGGCGGGCACCGCCCUGACAGCGCAGUCGUCCCUAUCAAAACCAGACACGAUCCUGGCGCCCGAGCGCAACGAGACAGCGCGACGCACCCUCAACUUUGCGCACUACGACAAGUACCUCGCCCAACUGGGCAACAACCUGGACCAGCCCAAGUUUCGCAAGCAAGCGCUGGUCGACACCUCGUCCAAGUCCCUCUUUAGCGUGUCUACGAAGCGCAGCCUGGCGAGCGUCAAGUCCAACAUUAAGAACCGCAUGCGGUGGCGGCGCCGGUCGAUACAGCCCUUUGUGCCGCAGCUGUCCUGCGUGUGCUGCCGGGAUGACUUUCAGCACACGAGCAAGGCGCCGGCCCUGCAUACCCUGCCUUGCGGGCACACAUACUGCGCGCACUGCCUGCGGGUGAUGGUCAGCCAGGCCGCGCACGAGGAGGACAAGUUUCCGCCGCGGUGCUGCACGCAGCCGAUCCCGGGGGCUAUCGUCAAGGCCAUUUUGACGCGCGACAACCAGCAGGCGUUUCUGAAAGCCGUCGUGCUCUUCUCCACGCCAUGGGAAGCACGUAUCUUCUGCCCCAAACCGGACUGCGGCGAGUUUAUCCCACCCCGGCACAAGGUCGAUCCGAAGCGCCCAUUUGACGUGACCUGCCGCCAGUGCCGGACGCGGGUCUGCGUCAUGUGCAAGCGAGACGCGCACCCGGUGGGCAAGACGUGCCCGGAGGACUAUGAGCUCGAAAAGGUGCUGGAAAUGGCCGAGCAGUCCAAGUGGAUGCGUUGCUACAAGUGCCGGAACCUGGUGGAGCUCGCGCACGGGUGCACGCACAUGACGUGCCGGUGCAAGGCGCAGUUCUGCUACAUCUGCGGCGGGGUCUGGGAUGCCACGCUGGGGUGUCCGAACGUCUGCAGCGGCGAGGAGGAGCUGGAGAGGCGGCGGGCGGAGGAGGAGGAGCGGUCGGCGGAACUUGAGGCGGAGAAGAUUGCCCAGGAAGCCGCCACGGCGCAGCAGCUCGUGGAGCGAGAGGAGGCGGCUGAGAGGACCAGGGGAAACGCCUCGUACCAAAGCCUCCAGGCGUCACAAGUGAGCGAGCAGCGCCGGUUCAUCGAGUUUGCGUCGAGCACGACGGCCAGUAUACGGAAGCGCCACGAAGAGCGGCGGUGCGCCCUCCACGAGAAGCACGCGGCCGAGGAGGAGAAGAUGCGGGACCGGCACGGCAAGACGGCCAUCCACCUCGAGGACCGGCAGGUGGCGGCGGAGAUGGAGCUGCGGGCGUCACUGGAGCAGAGCGAGCGCAGUGUGCGCAUCCGUCUGAAGCACAUGGAGGCGUACUGCGACGGGCUCGGACGGAACCCCAGCGCGCAGAUGCCGCACCGGACGGUGACGGAGCGGGACCUGCGUGAGCUGGGGCAGCAGUAUAACCUGCGGGACAACCUGGAGCGGCUGCACCAGUCCAAGAUCAACGUGAUGCGGGACCGGCAGGCGAAGCGGAUGGAGGAGCUGCAGGAGCGGCAGCAGGCGGAGCUGGUGAAGCUGGGGGCGAAGCGGCAGGAGGAGGUGGAGGAUCUGGCGGCGCAGUGCGCGCACGAGAUGGAUGCCGUGACGGCGCUGUUUGGGGUGCGGAGGGCGCGACUGCAGAAGAGGUGGGAGCUGGCGAUGGAAGUGCUCUGCAAGGAGCUGACGGAGCGGGAAGGCCAGGCGUAUGCGCAGCUGCCUACGCCGGCGUGGCCGGUGGAUGUGGAGGAGGAGGUGGUGGUGACGCCCACGGGGUGAUGGCGAUGGUGAUGGUGAUGGUGAUGUGGAUGACGGUGUAGACGUUUCUUACUGUACACGGUUGAGCAUGCAUACCCUUUCGUUUGUCGACUAUAGUCGUGGUGGAAAUACCCACUGGGGAGGCCAGCACAUCAUGGGCAUGGAGUUUUGUUUAGAUAGUGGUUGAAUAGGAUAGAGCUGGUCAGCAAUGUACGUUAUAAUGAUUGUUAUAUGGUCUACCAAGAUGCGGUCAUCUAGCUGUCUCAUGAAUGAUCGCGCUGUAGAAUUAUGAUCCUGUCGAGUGAGUACGGUGGUAUAGAGCUUGAAUCUUGCGUUUGUCACCAGCAUUCAGAACAACUCAUUCACGCCAUGGCACAUGUAUGACUCACACCAGACCUUUGCAAUUUCUACAGUUCUUCUUUCGACCCCAUAUUCUCCGCGACGCUCUUCAGGAUGCCCACGCGCUUUUUGGCGCCAAGCC